AUUUAUUAGUGAUAGAGGGAAUUUGCUUUUCUUUCUUUCUUGGAGGAAGCAAGGAAAACGAUAAAAGAGAGUCCCAGCUCUAAGGCGCCUUGGGAAAGUCGAAGGUAGCAUCCAAACAGAAAAUACAUCCAGGGCAGAAUGCACAAGAUAAUAUAUGCAGGUGCUGAUGCUUUCUAUCUAAAGAUGAGGCGCCCUUUUCUUUCUGUUACCAAUUCAUAGCAUUUGAAUCCAUUCAGGAUUUUUGAAAGUAGCAGAUGGAGACGCCGAAAGAGUUGAAGGAUUCCACUGCAAAUAUGCUGCGUGCCAGUUGCUAUUCACCUUCUCUUUCUUCUUCUUCUUCAUCUUGGCAUAGGCGUUCGCAGAGCGCUCCUGAUGAUGGAUUGCCUGAAGAUUUGCUAAAUAUGUCACCUAGAUCAUCCCAAUACUCUAAUUCUAUUGUCCAUCUGGAGAGAAGUCUGCAUGAACAGUGUUCCCUAAGGAGGGUUCUGGAGAAGGCAUUGGGAUGUAAUUCUCCCACCUACGUUGCUUCAAAUGGCACUCCAAUACCAAAGCCUGCUGCAGAAUUGAUCAAGGAGAUUGCAGUGCUUGAGUUGGAAGUUAUGCAUUUGGAACAGUAUCUUCUUUCACUAUAUCGGACAGCUUUUGAUCACCAUCUAACUGUCAAGCCUUCUGCUCUAAUGUGCCAAGGCUCUGCUCCACUCAUGCAAGAUUCUGGACCUCCGAUAUUAGAACAAACAAAUUGCACGGUUCACUCCAAUCCGCUGUGUGUAUAUAAUGAUUCAUGUUCUGAAGGAAUGAGUCAAUCCUACAGCCUUGAGGGUGUUGAGGAGCAGCAAGAUUGUAAAGACCGGCAUGCUCAGAUUUUUUAUCCUCAUAGUUCAACCAAUUCAGAUGAUACGACAUACCCUCCAAGACAAAAUUCUAAAAGAGGUAGCCAGAAUGCUGGGUUACGCCCACGAAGUCUCGCGGAUCAUCUUGGUGCUUCUCUUGCAGAUCUGCUUCCAUUAACCCCUGAUAGACUCUCCGAAGAGAUUGUCAGAUGUAUGUCGGCCAUUUACUGCAAGCUUGUUGAUCCCCCUCUGACCCAGAUAGGAGGCCUUUCAGCUUCUCCUACUUCAUCUUUGUCUUCAUCAAGCAUAUUUUCACCUCAGGAUGAUAAUUGUAGUUCUCAAUGCAACAACGAUGAAAUUACAGUGGAUACUUUUGACCUUGAAGGGUUGAAAGAGAAACAUGGACCAUAUUGGGGAAUGGUAGAAGUUUCCAAGAUAUCCUUAGACGAUGAUAGAUUUAAUUAUGCCGCAAAAAUGCUGCAAAAUUUCAGGUCACUCAUUCAGCGACUCGAAAAGGUUGACCCCAGGAAGAUGAAGCAUGAAGAGAGACUUGCAUUCUGGAUCAACGUACACAAUGCCCUGGUGAUGCAUGCAAAUCUAGCAUAUGGGAUUCCUCACAGCAUGAAAACUGCAUCCUUAAAUCAAAAGGCUGGAUAUAACAUAGGCGGGCAUUCCAUAAAUGCUUAUGUGAUCCAAAGCUCCAUUUUGCGAUGUCGUUCCCAUCAUCCUGCACCAUGGCUACGGAUGGUGUUCUCGCCAGGAAAGAAGUUUAGGACAGGCAAUGGAAAGCAUAUGUAUGAGCUUGAUCAUCCGGAACCACUUGUUCAUUUUGCACUUUGUUCAGGGGCGUACUCGGACCCCAUGGUUCGAGUCUACACAGCCAAGAGGAUAUUUCCAGAGCUUAAGCUUGCUAGAGAAGAGUUUAUUCAAAUUAGUGUCUCUAUCCCCAAGAAGAAAAAGAUAAUCCUGCCAAGGGUUUUAUACUACUUUGCCAAGGAUGCUUCUCUAGAUUUAUGCGACCUUUUAGAGAUGGUCCGUGACUGUUUGCCAGAAGCACAGAAGAAAGACAUACGAAGAUGCCUUAGAGGAAGAGUUGGAAAAUGCGUCGAGUGGGCACCGCACAAUUUGGCUUUCCGGUACAUCAUGCAUGGAGAGUUAGUGAAAGAUAUAACAUCCAUCUGACUUGCUCAAUGUAUCCAACGAUAGAAAACUAUUUUCCUUUAUGUAAAUACACCCUUGUGGUUCAAUACAAACGGGGAAUGGCACUGCAAUCCCCCCCAAUAUUGAGUGAGGCUUAAAUUGUUGUAACUUGCCAUGGCUAUUACAGCUUAUAAUAAAGACAUUACAGUAUAGCUUGGGUACUAAA